GAUUCAUCAAAAGACCAUGUGUGUCCGAAAUCGUCAGCUCCACUUCUUCCCCAGACCAGACUCUGAUGCUUGGAUGUGAGAUCACAGAUUUCUACCCUCCGAACGUAUCAGUCACCUGGCUGAGGCUCAGGGAGGGAGAACAAGAUGACAGAGAGGAGGAGGUGAUAGAAGGAGGAGAGAUGUGGGGCCCCGUACAGACUCAGCCCAGACUCUACAGGGCCACAGCCACUCUGAGAAGAAAGGCAGCCAAUCAGGAGAAAAAGGAGAGAGGAGGAGGGAUUAUUUGUAGAGUGGAGCACUGUUCUCUACACGAGCCGAUCGAGAAACACUGGAAAAAUGUUGACAUUGUUGCUCCCUCCAUUCCUCCAUCACUCUCUGUCUGUUGGAGCAGUGAAGGGGUCGGUGUGUUCUCUCUGCUGUUGAAGGGAGGUCAUCCUAAAGUCAAAUUACUGUGGGCAGCAGGAGGAGCCACACUUACACCAUUAGUGUCCAACGAGACAGAGGAGAUAGGAGACGACGGACAGAGGGAGCUGAAAAGCGUGUGCGCUCUGGAGAGGUCCACGAGCCUGCCAA